GUUUGAAAGGGAACACCGUGCACUUAACAUGUUACAACAGAGCGUUAUCGAAAAGGUGUUCUUUGCUGAUUCCUACACUGGGAAUGAAUCGUUGAAUAUUUGCAGGUUCGAGUGGUUCCGUCCGAGCGUCGCAUCCAAUCCGGAGCAAGCCCAGGCGAUUCGGAACAUUGUCAAUCAAACCUCGUUCCCGGCGCCUUACGUGCUGUUUGGUCCACCCGGAACGGGGAAAACGUCCACGCUGGCGGAAGCCAUCGGUCAAAUCUACAAACUUCGCCCCUCGGUGAAUGUUCUCGCAGUGGCCGCUUCAAAUUCGGUCACCAACGAGCUGACCAGCCGAGUGCUGGAAAUCAUCCCCAAGAAAGACGUUUACAGAAUCUUUGCUAGAUCCUAUGCGCGAAAGAUUAAGUACAUCGAUCGGGAUGUUCUGGACGUGUCAAAUCUACGCAGCAUGAUAAGUGAUAAGAAAAACAAAAAGAAGGUACACAGAGAUGUAAAAUCUUACAGAGUAGUUCUUUGCACUACAUCAACUGCAGCUCAAUUCGUGGAUGCAAAUAUUUCAAGGAAUCACUUCAGCUACAUCUUCAUCGAUGAAUGCGGAUUCGCCAAGGAGAUUUCCAGCCUGGUCCCAAUAAUGGGCAUUGGUGUCCACGACAGUGAAAUCACAGCCAGUAUCGUCUUGGCUGGGGAUCCGAAACAGCUAGGACCAGUCAUUCUAUGCGACUACCUGAACGAAACCAGCCACAGCGUGUCCCUGCUAGAGCGCAUUACGGACAAAGAAUUGUACGCGAAGAAUCCGCUGACGGGAGAGUAUGAUCCGAACGUCAUCACACAACUUAGAAAUAACUUCCGGUCGCAUCCAGCACUGCUUGAGCUGCCGAAUCGAAUGUUCUACGCCGGACAGCUGCGAGCAAAAGCAUCUCCCGAUAAGACUCACUGGGCCGUGGGUUGGGAUCGUUUGCCGAAUCGCACCGUUCCGUUGAUCUUUCACCACGUGGUCGGUGAGAUGAAGCAGGAUGAAAACUCCUCCAGCAUGUACAACGAGCAGGAAGCUGAACAAGUACUCUCGUACGUGGAAAUAAUCAUGAACGAUGGAAUUUGUGGCAAGAAACUCGAGCAAACUGCAAUCGGGAUCAUCACUCCGUACGCUAGCCAGGUUCGAUAUCUGAAGGACCUUCUGAACAUGCGUGGCUGGAAAGACAUUGAAGUCGGGUCAACGGAGCAAUACCAGGGACGCGAGAAGCCCAUCAUGCUGAUGUCGACCGUACGGACGGGCAGCAAGAGUGUGGGCUUUUUGGCCGACCCAAAAAGGCUGAAUGUUUCCCUGACGAGAGCGCAAGCCCUGAUGAUUGUGGUGGGCGAUCUGGAGACGCUACGAAAUAAUAGACAUUGGGCAAAAUUUAUCGGGUACUGUAGACAGAACAAUGCCGUAGUGCCUUCCGUGUUGGAAUUUCCCGUUGAAACGGUCGCUUUGAACACGGAAAGCUUCAAUAGUUCUGGAUCAGAUAUGCGCGCAGAAACGUCAAAUAAUACCAAAACGCCAGAAAUAGAUUACACUAUAUUACCCAACCAAAUCACAGCUUGUACCAGGCCUGUGGAGUCGGGUGACUUAGAUGCCGACACCGAAUCAGACUCCGAAUCCGGCUCCGACUCCACUGGAAACGUAAUUGUUGAGGCAGAACUACACAAUAGAACAGUUGAAACGACCCAAAUUGUCCCUGCUGUCACAGGGCAAGAUAACGGAACGCUUGGUGUGAUAUUAGAGAUUGCUAACAUAAUUGUUGGAUAUGUUCUAUGGCCACGCAGACCAACAAGACCAAUUUGAAUCAUCGAAGUAUUUAACAGUAGGGAAAUAUGCCCAUUCCCAGCUGUACUUUAAAAUAUUAUUCUGUUUUUCUAAUGAUUAGAAUCUAAUCUAAUACAAACGCAGCCAUUCCGAUGAAAGCAUGCUGGAAUUGCUGGAAUUAGUCUUGUGCUUAGAUUACGCCCCAAGCACUUUUCAUUGUCAAUAUUAAUAUUUGCAGUACAUCCGAGGAAAAUUAAAAAUUAAAGCGGCCAGCCCUACUGCGUUGUGUUUACCUCAGAGACGAUUCGGUGAACGGAUCACAUUUCACAGAGUCUAAAGGGGAGGAAGGAUGCGUGGACAUACCGUAUUUUUAAUUUUGUUUACACAAAUAAAACAUUCUAGACUUCAAAAAUCUUAACAUUCAAAAAAGUUUA